AUGGCCGCGGCCGUCUCCGAGCGCGACGCGCACGACGCCAAGUGCGCCGUCGACAAGCUCAAGGUCGAGCUCACGGACGCCAAGUUCGACAUCACGCGCCUCGAGGCCUCCGUCGCGCGCGCGGAGCUCGGCCGGACGCCGUACGUCGCGUCCGCGCGCAAGCCCCGGUCGCCCGCGCCGCCGCCGUCGACGCCCGUCUCCGAGCACGGCUUCGCGCUCCACGACGACGAGGCCGCGGACCUCACCGUGACCCUCGACACCUACGUGCCGCCGCCCAAGAUGGGGCCCACCGUCCAGGAGCAGCUCGCCGCGCUCCGCGCGGAGCGCGACGCGAACAACGCCGCGCUCGCCGCGCCGAGCCCCGAGCCGGCGAAGCGGCCCCUCACGCGCGCCCAGCGCGCCGCGGCCGCGGCGAGGAAGUCCCCCGCCGUCGCGCGGAAGGUCUCCUUCGCCGGCGUCGCGGCCAAGGAGAACCAGGCCGCCUGA